GAGAGUGCGAGGUGAACAGCUGUUCCACAGGUUUGGUGUAAAAAUGAAGCCAGUUAGAUGCAGUUUGUUCUAUGGACCUCCCAAAGCAGUGACAGAGGUAAGAGCUGGAUACCUGCAUAAGUCUCCUCCUCCAAAACUGAUGACAACAGAGAAAGCAUGGAAGAAACGUUUCUUUAUCCUGUUCAAGCUCAGUGACACAGAAUAUCAGCUCAAGUACUUCAGAAGAGAGGAAAAGGACAAGGCAGCUGGAGAAAUAGACUUGUCACAGGUCUCACUGUUGCAUGUGAGUCCGCAGCAUCAUCCAAAAUGGAACUGGAUCCAGAAAAGCUUUAAAUGCUCCCCUUCCUGUGUGCUCUUCAUCAAGGCUACGGAACGGGAGUACUUCCUUGUCGGGGAGAACAGCGACGAUGUGGAUGGCUGGUUCUCUGACCUGUUUGAUGCAAUGAAAAGCCGACCUCAUCAACUCUCCUCUUCAGGGGAGUUCCCUUAUAAGCAGGCAACGAUUGAGGUAAUUUCAAAACCACUCAUCAGAAAGACGAAUUCUUUCGCAGAGGCUGAAAAGGGAUUCCUAAAAUUCCGGUCAAUGUCCGAUCCGUCCUCAAACACUUUGGAGAAUGUCACUGAAAAACCCGAGGAGCAAGCGGAUCCUAAAAGACGCGCAUCUGAGCCUGAGGAACCAAUCUAUGUAGUUCCAAGACCACAAAAAAAUGUGAAUAAAGAUGGACCACCAAGUGGGGAACGACGCAACAGUGUGGAAGCAUUAUAUGAAACAAUGAGUGGCUUCAAAUAUAUUGAAGAAUCAGCUCAGCCAGAGGACCAUGAAGUUGAGGACGCUAACAAAAGCACGCUGAUGAGGACCGUCAUUCAGACCUUUGACAAAAUGAAGACACAGGUGUCCCCGCUGCCACCGUUUGCUGAGGAGCCAGAUGAUGACAACAACAGUAAACGCUGGUCUACAGAUUUAAGCAGCAGCUCUAGUGACCGUGGUGCCAUGUCCCCUGUUGAACUAUUGGAUGCAUCUGAAAAAAAUGACUCCAGUGAGAGCUCUGACCACAGAACAGAAGAGCGGGAUAUUAUGGUGAAACAGGCAGACCUUAAAAACUACCUGACCCUAACAGAGGUGGAUAGGAAGCCCAGUGUGUCUGGGUGGACGGGACAGCCACAGACCGUGUGUCUGUUCCACAAAGGCGACCAGAUUCUGGCAGUUAAUGACCUGCAGGUCAGCACUGUGGAGGAGUUCACCACGUUUAUCAGCAAGUCACUCAAGAAUGAGGUGAAAGUGACCCUCCUGCGUCAACCUAGAAACCAGCAGCUGCACCUGCCAAACUUCACCUGCACUGAUUGGCAAAAUGCUAAUUAGAAAUGAGAAAUUUCAUUCUUCUACAAGCCAGCAUGUGUUUAUAUGACCUGUGCUGACCACUUAUAAUAGCUGACAGUAUUUUCCCUUCCCUUGCUUUUUUUGUUUUGUUUUUAAAUCUGUCAUCAGUUUACUCAACAAAUGAAGGAUGAAAAUCAUUUUGCACCUUGCAUAAACCAUAUUUGUGACCAGAUAGAUGUGAUCUUCUUUUGGACAAGUACUCAGUGUAUGUUUCAGUGCUUGUUUAAUUAACUGCAGAUAAGAGGAAACUGUCAAAAGUUACCAAAGAAGGAAACAAAAGGCAGACAUUAGGCAGAAAAAUAGUUCCUUGUGCUGCAUUAACGGUGCCUUUUCCCAGGCUGAUGUCAGUGUCUGCAAGAUAUUAAAUUGUACAUGACAUGUUGUGAAGAAAUGGUGUAAAUAUGUCGAUGAAAGUAAAUAUUGAGCCUAUUCGAAUGUCUUCAAGUACGAUGUCAAGUACUUUUUCCUAACAUCACCUACCCAAUUGUGUGUUUUCGAUUGUAAGAUCACCAGAAGCACCAGCUAACAGAUUUAAUCUAAAAAGUUACGGCUGAAUUCUUUUUGACAAAGUUAUAUAUUUUGAAAAUAUACACGUGUGCAUUUAAAGUAUUAAAAUCCCAUUUUAUUAUAUUCCUGUGGCUUAGGAAAGCCAGAUAUCUAAUGUGAAUGCUAUCACCAUGCUGAUAAAUCUCUGGUUUACCUUGUAACCACUGAAGUCUGGUGAUUGAGAGCCGAGUACCAAAAAUCAAACCCACGUGCAGAGAACCCAAAGUGGAGGCGGAGGAAAGGGUUUAACAAAGGUUUAUUAGCUAGCACAAGGAUGAUGUUUACAAUGGCCCUUGACUUAAGGCUUGACACAUGGGGCGUGGGGGUCUUGGCUAGGAGAGAGGGAUAAAGUAAGGGGACAGGUCCAAGAAAGCAACAGCAGCUGGCUGGUGAUUAGGUACGCACUGGAAGAGAGGAGAGCAGUGUUAAAGCAGUAGCCAAUGAGGAGUUCUGGAGAGCGUGGAAGCUAUUGAAACUGUGCAGGUGGGAGAUGGAAACAUUGAAGGAGAGGUGGUGUAGUCCGGGUGGGUUUGGUGGUGUGUGUCAGCUGUCCUGGGCGGUGAAGGUCCCGUGGUAGUGUAAGGGCAGGAGGGCAGGCAGGUGAGGCAAGGAGAUGAUUCUGAAAGCAGGCGGGUUAACCAGAUUUCCAGGAUAAGUUAUUCAGUGUGAUGUAAUUCCCAGGAGCAACUAGAACACAAGAUUGCAAGGUUAGUAAAGCACUUGAGAAUCAUAGACAUGAAGCGUGAGGCCUGGUUACCAACAUGGGGUUGUUGAGGAACUGGCAAGGAAACAGUGUCAGCAAGCAGCUUAAAUCUCCAACCUAAUUGCCUCAAUCAGCUCCAGGUGAGGGAAGCUGUAGGCCCUGCCCAUGGGUGGAUACCAGGGAGGUCCAGACCUUCAGCAGAACUUUACAGCCACACACCCAGACCAUGACACAGAGAUUCUUUGUAUGUAUGCAGUGAUUACAUGAGUGCACUAAUAAAA